CGCCAUUAUCGCAUGUUUGCCGAUUGCGGUGCGGAAUUUAUCUGGCGGGAUGUAGACGACGUUAGACCCGAAGAAGAUGAGUCCUACCUCGAAACUGAUGAAAUCUUUGCCUCAUUUACCCCCUCAAUGCGUGAGCACUAUGAUGCCUGGGGAGGCACAUAUAGCAACUACUUCACAGCAAGGCUCUGGAAUCCUGCGGACUUCGGGGCUCCUCUCUGGCACAGUGCAGACGAGCAGGUUGCAUGGCAUGUGGGUGGUUUUCUAUCGGGGUGGCGUUUUGCUCUCGAUCCUCAGGUUGGGAGUAUGAAGUACUUAAAUGGAACCUUGCUGGAGCGUGGGAAAGAGAUGAGUAUUACUUUGGAGUUUCUGAAGAACCAAGCUGAUCUCUUAGAAAAUUGGAUGUCUUCAUGA